AUGAACGCUUUGAUUUUCAGAAAUACAAAUUUUCUUUUUAAUUGGAUUUCCCAAUCAUCCUCAAUGUUAGGAUUAUUAGGUAUUAGAAAAAAUAUGAGCUUUUAGCUAUAAGAAGAAACUGCUGAGGACAAAACAUAAAAAAAACUUAAUGAAUUAUUGUAAGGUGCAUUUGAUUUCACAAAUAGAAAUGCAAGACCUCCCAAAAAAGCAAACCACGGAGCUAGACCUUGCUCUUCAGUUAUGAGAAGAUUAAAAAAGAAGUAUUUUUAUAGAAGAACCAAAGAAGCUAUGACUCCUGAAAUGGAACCUAAAAAGAAGUUUGAGCUUUGA